AUGAGCUCGAAAGGUAAGCAUAUUUUUUUGAAUGCCAAAUUAGUUUCAGUUGAACUCUGCCAGACCGUAUUCAGAAAAACCAUGUGGUCUAGAAUAAAAAACAAAUCAGUCAUGAAAUAUUGCAAAAUUUUGUGAUAGCUUGUAAAUUAUCACACAAACUCUAUCGUUUCCAGAUAAAAAUAAAGAAGCUUCUAAAAAGUCUCUUUUUCGGAGGAUUUUCGGAUCCAGUUCAUCGAACGGUGAGUCAAUCGAUCAAUAUAAGUUGAGGGAACUGAUUGAAUCUUGGUGUUACUUCAGAAAAUACACAGCUGAACAUAAUUGUAAAGGCUAUUUUGUGUGGUUCCUUGCAUGAAUUAUUAUUUUAAAAUCCCGUGUUAGUAUAAUUCCCGGUUCUGGGAAAAAACAGAAAAAUAGAGUAGCUCCAUGAUUAUGUCCAGCAGUGUAUUUGUAGUUAUCAGAGCUGGGCAAUUGGCCGGCACGGGGUUUUCGUUGACCGGCCCUUGACCUGGACUUUUGAACCACUUGCAAUAUUCCGAUCAGACCCAAACUUUGCAGGAUUGUUGAACUUGGAUUGAGGGCCAUUGGGUCUAAGUUUCAGCCCGAUCGGAUCGUCGGGUCCCGAGAUAUGUGGAUCAUUGGCCGAUUUUUUCCAAAAAGCCCGGGCUUCCGGCCAAUUUCGGCCAAUGAUCCACAUUUCUCGGGACCAAAUAAUCCGAUCGGGCUGAAACUUGGUCCCAAUAUGCUUCAACCCAUGUCCAAGAAGCCUGCAAAGUUUGGGUCCGAUCGGAAUAUUGCAUGUGGUUAAAAAGUCCAGGUCAAGGGCCGGCCAACGAAAAGUCCGUGCCGGCCAAUUGCCCAGCCUUGGUAGCUAUCAAUUUUUCAAUUGCAGGCUCCAGAACGACACCGGAUGAGCCGACGCAGCAGCCAAAGCGAGCGAUGGUCCCCGGAGGUAAAUACGACAAUUCAUUGGAUUUUGUUAAUCUCAUUUCUAAUCAGUUCCAAGUUCCGUGAAAGAAUGCACAACCGCAGCGGACGACGCCCGUCUGGCGGAUGAGGCUCCUGUAAGACCGGUGAAGCCAAGGCCGACUAAGGAGGAAAUCGGUGAGAAUUCAAUAUUCCCAUUUUGACAAGAUGCCGCGGAUUGUGUGAAGACAAAACCAACUUUUUUUUACGCACAUCAGAUACAUUCAUUGAGUGACGUAGUGAAUUUUGUGUGAAUAAACAACUUGAAAUUUUUCUCGCUAAAAAACUCUGAAUGCUCAGAAAUCAACACAUUAAUCUUUCUUCAAUAUGCUAUUACUAAAGGUUCCAGUGUACCGAGUGAGAAAAUGCCACGUGCCACGUUUCCCAAACAAGAAAAACCGUAGCAUAUUUUUUUUUAGAAAGUUUUCAAUUUCAGAGGCGUUUAUUCCCGUCAUGAAAAUUACUAACAAUGUUCUGUCCCGUCCGACCAUCAGAAAAUCGGGAUCAAAUCGCCCAAGCCAGAAGGAGAUUGGUGAGUGUUCAACCUUUUGUUCUGAAUACAUAGUAACGAAUUUAAGUAAAUCGACUGACGCCGAAUUUUAAGAAAAAGGAAAUAAUCGAUAUCAAUAUAACAACUUUUCAGACCAAUUCUUGCCAAUUAUGGAGGAAACAAUGGAGAAGCUGACAAAAACCUCGGAAAGUGAGUUGCAUCUGCUACACAACUCACCUCAAUUUGAUGUUUCAGAGCCUGGAGACGAUCAGAAGAAAACUAAGAAAAAAUAG